AUGCAGGAGUACUGGAAGAUGAAGUCUUUUGAAUUCGAAAGGGAAUCCCAUUGGAAAUCUUCACACUUGAGAAUGUCAUUCAAUGCUUUACCCAAAACCUCUGUUGCCAUUUCUGAUCUGCAUCCAAAUACAGUUCAUCCUAAAGUGGUUGGAGUUGUUAUUAGAAAAAAUGAUAGCAAAGGAUUUCCAGAUAAGAAAAAUGUGGGUUCAGAGAGACAUACAUUUAGUUUUAUUAUAAAAGACUCUCCAAAUGAUUCCAUCAAUGUAUCUUGUUGGGGUAGUCAAGACUACAUUCGAGUCCUGUCUGACAGCUUCAGCAUUGGAGAUAGGGUGCUAAUUGAAAACCCAUUAGUUGUUACCAAAGAUAUAGAAAAAGAGGAGAGGUACAGUCCAUGGACUCCAAGCCUGUACAGAUUAAUGGUGAGUGAGUUUCACUCGACAGUCAGAAGCUGUACUGAAAGUGAAGAAGAUGCAAAACUACCUCUUUUUUUACACUUGCCAAUGAAGAAUCCACAGGACUACUACUGUUUAAGAGAUAUUGUUGCAAAUGGACAAGCUCUUGAUGGAAAAGUAAUAAACAUUCUUGCUGGAGUUAGGUCGAUAGGUGAACCAAAGUUUUUCACAACUGCAGAUAGAAGGACAGGUCAGAGGUGUGAAGUCAAGCUGUUUGAUGAAACCACAACUUCGUUCCCACUAGUAUGUUGGGAUAAUGAAUCAAUCAAAUUUGCACAGACCUGGAUACCUGGAGAAACAGUACUUUUUAUUGCUGAUGUCCGAAUUAAUUUUGACAACUUCCGCAAUUGUAUGACUGCAACAAUAAUUUCUAAAACCAUUGUUACAAUAAAUCCAGAUAUAAAAGAAGCCAACUUAAUUUUUAACUAUAUGAGAGAAUUUAUUGAAAGUGGAGGACUGGAUGAGUUUGAGGAUCAGAUGGAAGAGCAAGUGAACUUGGAAUCCAUAAUAGACACAUACACUGUAAACCAAUUAAAAGUCCGGGCUCAACAGGACACUGGCAAGUCAGGCCCCAUAUAUGGAGUUACAUACGCUUUCAUUACGGCACUUAAUCUUGAUUCUUCUGUCACAAAGUUGAUAAGAACAAGGUGUGCCAGAUGCAGGUUUGAAAUCAAUGAAAAAGCAGGCACUUGCAUCAAUGAGACUUGUAUUGACUCUGGAAACCCAGUCCAAGCGACCAUGAGAUUUGAUUUAUUAGUUGACCUGACUGAUCAUACAGGCACACUUCAGAGCUGCAGCUUAUCUGGGAACACAGCAGAAGAAAUGUUAAACUGCACAGUUGAUAACUUUUUGAACCUAACAGAAGACCAAAAAACAUCUUUGAAGUGGCAAUUCCUUUUAGAGCGCUGUAAAAUUUUUGUGAAGAUAUUUCCAGCAUCCCAAGCAAGAAGUGGCCUAAGAGUCAACAUACUGUCAUGUACUUUAGCUGAUCCUGAAGAAGUUUGCCAGACUUUUACUUCCCUGGACAGUGACAAGCUGACAGAGAGGCACUGA